CCCUUCUAUACCGGAACGGACGUCGUGGCUAGAAGCCUGGUCGAAUUCAGUCAAGACCGAUUCAAACACGAAAAAUCUGGCAAUUGCAAUGACAGUCUGAGAUGUUUUCUGGUUCCUACGACGCUGCUGAACACUGGAUGUGUUGAAGUAUAAGACGGACCAUUGCUGACCCGUCAAUAGAGCUUAAGGCUGGAAGGAAACACCUCACUUGCUCCCGCUACUUCUGCUCAACUCUCAACAUCAAAUUACCAGCCCACUCAUCAGCCAUGCACCACCAUUCCCUCACCACCCUCCUGCUCCUCGCAGUAGGAGCCCUCUCCCUGACCACCUCUCAACGCUCCCAACCCAGCCUGGAACACCCAUGCGGUUUCAAGAUCGCCCCAUGCCCCUCAGGACAAAUCUGCAAGAAAACCGAUCCCACCUGCGACCGGGGCGAGAACUGCGCAGGCAUCUGCGUCCCGGCCCCUAUCUUCUGCGGCGGCAUCGCCGGCAUCCCCUGCCGCGAAAAGGGUCAGAUCUGUGUCGACGACCCGACCGACGACUGUGACCCGGCGAAUGGAGGAGCAGACUGUGCUGGGAUGUGCGUUACGGAGCCCGAGGGCGGGUUCAAGUUCUGCGGCGGCAUCGCGGGAUUCCCCUGCCGUGAAAAGGGCAAGGUCUGCGUCGAUGAUCCCAGGGAUGACUGUGACCCCGCCAAGGGAGGGGCGGAUUGCGGUGGGAUUUGCGUCUGAGGUCCUCCCAGGCUGGUUGAGAACAGUGUCACCUAUGAUCUGGUAGGAAUCUAUGUGGUUCAACUGUCUUGAAAGUGGCUCAAGGCCCGGUUCACCGUUCAAGGUUCAUGUUCCAGGUUUCCAGCCAAACACAUCAUGAUGUACGUACAGGACAUUGCAUGUCCGUACUAGUAUAGUAGCAACUCCUUCCACUAGGUACUCAGGUACUACCGUAGGUUUGCGCUUAAUCCGG